UGAGCUAAUUUCAUCAAACUUCUACUUGAGAAAUAUCAUUCAUAUCCAAACUAGCUGCUCUAAUGGCUUCAAAAGGUGCGCAUGAUGAAGACAACCUAAGUCUCUCCCUUCGCAUAGAGAAUGCUUGGGCAGACACUUAUCAGUUCUACCUGUUUGAAAAUUUUUGGUGUCCAUCAAUUCAUUUUCAAGCAGUAAACAGUUUUAAGAAAGAGUUUCAAGCAAAAGACAGUGACAUUGUUGUUGCUAGCUUUCCCAAAUCAGGUACCAUUUGGUUAAAAGCCCUUACUUUUGCUAUUGUCAAUCGCCAAAGGUUCUCUUCCUUGGAAGACCAUCCAUUACUGAGUUCCAACCCUCAUGAACUUGUGCCUUUUUUUGAGUUUAUCUUUGGUGCUGAUGAUAUUCAUGGCCAAAUUCUUCAUCUUUCCAACAUGGCCGAGCCCAGGAUUUUUGGUACUCACACCCCAUUUCCCUCGUUACCCGAAUCAAUCAAAGAGUCUAACUGCAAGAUAGUCUACAUUUGCAGAAACCCUUUUGACAACUUUGUUUCUGCAUGGAAUUACUUUAAUAAAAUCAAGCCAACGAUUGUGUCUGAAUUAACAUUGGAGGAAGCUUUUGAAUUGUACUGUAAUGGGGUAAUGGAAUAUGGUCCAUGGUGGAGUCACAUGUUAGGUUACUGGGAAGAGAGCAUAGCAAAACCAGACAAAGUUUUGUUCUUGAAGUAUGAUGAUCUUAAAGAAGAUAUCAACUUUCAUGUCAAAAGUGUUGCAAAGUUCUUGGGUUGUCCUUUUACUGAGGAAGAGGAGAACAAUGGAGUUGUUGAAAGCAUAAUCAAACUGUGUAGCUUUGAGAAGAUGAAAGAUUUGGAAGUGAAUAAGUCUGGAAUGUAUGGCAGGGGAGGCAUCGAGAAGAAGAACUUCUUCCGUAAGGGAGAGAAUGGAGAUUGGGUGAAUUACUUUUCUCCUUCCAUGACAGAAAAAUUAUCCAAAAUCGUUGAAGAGAAAUUAAGUGGAUCGGGUUUGUCGUUUAAGAUGUGUUCUUAACUUCAUCAUCUCAUGUUGUUGUUCUAGUGUCUGGUUUUGUUGAUGUGUAAUAAGUGGCUACACUAGGGUCAAUAGUGUAGUUGUAAUGUGUGGUGAAUGUUCGUGUCACUUUUUCCUUUCGUUGAAUAAGAUGUCCUAUGUUGUAAAGACAAAGUUAACUACCUUAAUUUGUUUCCUUCUAGGAUGAGUUCUGUGAUGAUUCAUGUAGCUUUUGCUGAAUUAAAUGAUCAAUUUGCUUUUUAA